AUGUCCCUGUUUGAGGAAUUUGGGAACAGUACGACGGUAUACAAUCCAACCUAUUUGUUGUGGCAAAUCAAUUCAUCCCCGACCUACAUAAAUCAAUCGACUGUAAUCAACCCCAGAUUAAAUCCCUAUGUCAAGAUAUUCAUCUCAACCGUUCCCGCACUCGGUAUUCUUCUCAAUCUGUUCACCGGUAUUGUACUCACUCAUGUGAAUGUCAAUUCUCAACUGUCCAGAAUGAUCCUAUACUAUGAGACAAUUUUUGACGGAUUAGUCUGUAUCAUCACCCUGGUAGCAAUUCUUGUAUUUCACGUGCCUAGCAGCACGAAUGCGUUUAUUUGUAUCGGCAUGCAUGGCGGAUUGCUUAUUCGAUUUGCACGACUUUUGGACGUGUGUAAUAUGAUCACCAUGACAUUGGAUCGGUUCUGGGCAAUUGUCUAUCCGAGCACGUAUCGGAAAAAUAUGCAAAAGUAUAUGAUAUUCUGCGGUAUAUUUCCUUAUGUGUAUGCUUCACUGGCCUGUCUGCCCGUACUCUAUCGUGUUCGAUUUCAAAAUCACUCGUGCAUACUCGUGCAAGGGGAUAUUUAUAGUUAUUUGCUUGAAAUAAUUCAAAUUCUUGUGCGCUAUGUCGGUCCGAUCGGUCUCAUUGUUGUGCUCAGUGUGUUGAUUGUACGGGAAUUGCGAGUAGCACAUCAUCGCCACGAGCUGAUUAACCGAAUGGGUCAUUGUGUCCGUGUGGGAGAACACGUGACCAGAACUGUUUCCAUUGGUCAAUUGUCCAAUUGUUGUGUCCUCUCACUCGAGAAAGCUCUCCUACUCAGUUCGUUUCUAUUCACUGUCGAACUGACGGCAACCGAGAUCAUCUCGAUUGUUCUUUUCAUUUUUGAUAGUUCCACUAUAAUCAGUCAAGCCUAUCUGAUUCGGUUCCAGUUGAGUUAUCGAGUAUUUUUAGGCUUCUGUGCUGCCCUCAAUCCCCUGUUGAUCAUUCUACCAUUGAAGACCGUACGUGACACUAUUCGGAAUCUGGGUAGCCGAAUCCAAAGACUGUGUAUCUGUGUGCAAUGUUGUGAUGUUCAUCCCUCAGAUCCGAUAGUCGACAUUCCGUCCACCAGUUCACAAUAA